AUGCUAGACGUCCUCUGCUCGAGACCGCUGGCACUACAUAAGGACGUGCACGCGUUCCGUACCCUGUUGACUCUAGAUGGCUAUGAGCGCGUCAGGGUCAAAUGUAUGGCACUUCUUGGUUCGCCAAAGUGUCAGAGAAGAAUCGCAGCAUCAUGGGAGCUCACAGAGGGCUGGAAGGCCACGGCUCAAGCCCCCGAGAAUUGGUGGACUCGAGACUGGGAGAGAUUGAGCGAAGCGGCAAAAUUAUAUGUUGACCCGGCCACCGCGUCGAUCGCCCAUGGGUGUGUCGAAUGCGUCGAGUUUCUACUGGAGACUCGAGCGGUGCGUCCGACUAUGUUUAACAAAGACGGCGAAAGCUUCCUUGGUCGGGCAGUAGUGGCAGAUAUAAAGGAGGUCCAGGACCUACUACUAGCCGCCCUGGACGCCGGGCAGUUGAUAUGGCCACUCCUAGCGCGACGACCCCGGGACUCAGGCUGGACGUACCUGACUGCAGUGGCCAGAGACCCAGCACGAUUUCGAAACGUGUGGUGCAAGCUGGAAUCGAACCCGGAGCUCGACCUGACCGCCCAGCUGGACCCCGGUGGCCUGUACCAUGUCUGCAAGCACGCCACGGUGGAUCUCGCAGUCCGCCUCUGCCAGCGCGGUUUGAACCUAGGGAAUGCGACCCGCAACGGACGGGGAUGUUGGCAUGUGGUUGCCGAGUCCAAUCCGAAUUCGGUUGAGAUGUGUCAGUGGCUUCUGCGUCACGCCACGGACCCACCACACACGGCUACGGGGAACGGAGAGACGGCGUUGAUGACAGCAAUCCGGGGCGGUCGAUCCGAAGUUGGGGGGUGGCUCGCGCGCCACAGCAACACAAAAGUCAAGAACGCUGUCGGACAUACAGCUGCCGAGUUAGCGGCGGAACACAAAAGCGAUUCGAGUGUCAUAAUUCUUGAGGAGAUCCUGCGCCAUACCCCGCUCACCGAUCCGAGCGACUUGGAGCUGGGGAAGAGGAUCAUCAGGAAUAUCGUCACCGGUAUAUGGGCUGAGAAAGAUGGGCUCUCUGGUGUGACACAAUGCUGGCCCAGAAAGACUGCCGCGGAGCCCAUCCGGAGGCAAAUACAGGUGGAUGAAGAUGAGGUCUUGGAGGAUCGGGCUUUGGCUAAAUUGGCGAUCGUAUUCCGCUACAGUGGUGGAUGGCGCGACUGUAACGAGCUGAGAAAGCUUGCGCUUGUGGCUAACGUGAACGGGUUUCUGCGAGUAUGGGAGAUACUCACCCAGGCGGCUAAAGGUGAAGAGUGA